GCGCGGCCGGCGGGAGGACGGGGCGUUCGGCUGGGCCCGGCCACAGGUAACCCGGAGGCUCUCGCCGCCCGCGGCGCCCAGAGCGCUUUGUGACCAGAUGCGAAGCCCAGCGGAGGGCGCGAGCCAGAUGCGGGGCGACAGCUGACUUGCUGCGAGGAGGCAGGGAGGCGCGGAGCCCGCGGGUGGUCCCUACGCGGUUGAUCCCUGCGCGGUUGACGUCUCCUCCGCCGGCUCCUGGGCGCCGCAAGAUAAACUUCUCACCAUGAAGGCCCCUGCUGUGCUUGCACCUGGCAUCCUUGUGCUUCUGUUUACCUUGGUGCAGAAGAGCAAUGGGGAGUGUAAAGAGGCACUAGUAAAGUCCAAGAUGAAUGUGAACAUGCAGUAUCAGCUUCCUAACUUCACAGCAGAAACACCCAUUCAGAAUGUCGUUUCGCACAAGCAUCACAUUUACCUCGGUGCCAUUAACUACCUUUACGUUUUAAAUGACAAAGACCUUCAGAAGGUUGCUGAGUACAAGACUGGGCCUGUGCUGGAACACCCAGAUUGUUUCCCAUGUCAGAACUGCAGCCACAAAGCCAAUUUAUCAGGUGGCGUUUGGAAAGAUAACAUCAACAUGGCUCUGCUUGUUGACACGUACUAUGAUGACCAACUCAUUAGCUGCGGCAGUGUCCACAGAGGGACCUGCCAGCGACACGUCCUUCCACCUGACAAUACUGCUAACAUACAGUCGGAGGUUCAUUGCAUGUACUCUCCGCAGGCAGACGAAGAGCCCAGCCAAUGUCCUGACUGUGUGGUGAGUGCCCUGGGAACCAAAGUCCUGCUGUCUGAAAAGGAUCGAUUCAUCAACUUCUUCGUGGGCAAUACCAUAAAUUCUUCUUACCUUCCAGAUCAUUCAUUGCAUUCGAUAUCUGUGAGAAGGCUAAAGGAAACGCAAGAUGGUUUUAAGUUUUUGACAGACCAAUCCUAUAUUGAUGUUCUACCUGAGUUCCGAGAUUCCUACCCCAUUAAGUAUGUCCACGCCUUUGAAAGCAACCAUUUUAUUUACUUUUUGACAGUCCAACGGGAAACUCUAGAUGCUCAGACUUUUCACACAAGAAUAAUCAGGUUCUGUUCAGUAGACUCUGGUUUGCAUUCGUACAUGGAAAUGCCUCUGGAGUGUAUUCUCACAGAAAAGAGAAGAAAGAGAUCCACAAGGGAGGAAGUGUUUAAUAUUCUCCAAGCUGCGUAUGUCAGUAAGCCUGGGACCCAGCUCGCUAAGCAAAUAGGUGCCAACCUGAAUGAUGACAUUCUCUACGGGGUGUUUGCACAAAGCAAGCCAGAUUCUGUCGAACCAAUGAAUCGCUCUGCUGUCUGUGCGUUCCCUGUCAAAUAUGUCAAUGAGUUCUUCAACAAGAUCGUCAACAAAAACAAUGUGAGAUGUCUCCAGCAUUUUUAUGGCCCCAACCACGAACACUGCUUCAAUAGGACACUUUUGAGAAAUUCAUCAGGCUGCGAAGUGCGCAGUGAUGAAUACCGAACGGAGUUUACCACAGCUUUGCAGCGCGUUGACUUAUUCAUGGGCCAGUUCAACCAAGUCCUCUUAACAUCUAUAUCCACCUUUAUUAAAGGAGACCUCACCAUCGCUAAUCUUGGAACGUCAGAGGGUCGAUUCAUGCAGGUUGUGGUUUCUCGAUCAGGAUCAUUAACCCCACACGUGAAUUUUCGCCUGGAUUCCCACCCUGUGUCUCCAGAAGCAAUUGUGGAGCACCCGCUAAACCAAAAUGGCUAUACACUCGUUGUCACUGGGAAGAAGAUCACCAAGAUCCCGCUGAAUGGCUUGGGCUGUGAACAUUUCCAGUCCUGCAGUCAGUGCCUCUCCGCCCCUUCCUUUGUGCAGUGUGGCUGGUGCCAUGAUAAAUGUGUGCGAUUGGAGGAAUGCCCUGGUGGAACAUGGACUCAAGAGACCUGUCUGCCUACAAUCUACAAGGUUUUCCCAACUAGUGCCCCCCUUGAAGGAGGGACAACGCUGACCAUAUGUGGCUGGGACUUUGGAUUCAAGAAGAAUAAUAAAUUUGACUUGAAGAAAACCAAAGUUCUCCUUGGAAAUGAGAGCUGCACCUUGACUUUAAGUGAGAGCACGAUAAACAUGUUGAAAUGCACAGUUGGUCCUGCAAUGAAUGAACAUUUCAAUAUGUCCAUAGUUAUUUCAAACAGUCGAGGGACCGUACAUUAUAGUACAUUUUCCUAUGUGGAUCCUAUAAUAAAAAGUAUUUCUCCAAGUUAUGGUCCUAAAACUGGUGGCACUUUACUUACAUUAACUGGAAAGCACCUGAACAGUGGAAAUUCUAGACACAUUUCAAUUGGUGGAAAAACAUGUACUUUAAAAAGUGUUUCAGAUAGUAUUCUCGAAUGUUAUACCCCAGCCCAAAGCACUGCAACUGAGUUUCCUAUUAAAUUGAAAAUUGACUUAGCCAACCGAGAGAUGAACAGCUUCAUUUACCGGGAAGACCCCAUUGUCUAUGAAAUACAUCCCACCAAAUCUUUUGUUAGUGGUGGGAGCACAAUAACAGGUGUUGGAAAAAACCUGAAUUCAGUUAGUAUCCUGAGGAUGGUAAUAAAUGUGCACGAAGCGGGAAGGAACUUCACAGUGGCAUGUCAGCAUCGCUCUAAUUCGGAGAUAAUCUGCUGUACAACUCCUUCACUACAACAGCUGAACCUACAACUCCCCCUGAAAACCAAAGCCUUUUUCAUGUUAGAUGGGAUCCAUUCCAAAUACUUUGAUCUCAUUUAUGUACAUAAUCCUGUGUUUAAGCCUUUUGAAAAGCCAGUGAUGAUCUCAAUAGGCAAUGAAAAUGUACUGGAAAUCAAGGGAAACGAUAUUGACCCUGAAGCAGUUAAAGGUGAAGUGUUAAAAGUUGGAAAUAAGAGCUGUGAGAAUAUACACUCACAUUCUGAAGCCGUUUUAUGUACGGUCCCCAAUGACCUGCUGAAAUUGAACAGCGAACUAAAUAUAGAGUGGAAGCAAGCAAUUUCUUCAACUGUCCUUGGAAAAGUGAUAGUUCAACCAGAUCAGAAUUUCACAGGACUGAUUGUUGGUGUUGUCUCAAUAUCAAUAAUACUCUUAUUAUUACUUGGGCUGUUCCUGUGGCUGAAAAAGAGAAAGCAAAUUAAAGAUCUGGGCAGUGAAUUAGUUCGCUAUGAUGCAAGGGUACACACUCCUCAUUUGGAUCGGCUUGUAAGUGCCCGAAGUGUAAGCCCAACUACAGAAAUGGUUUCAAAUGAAUCUGUAGACUACAGAGCUACUUUUCCAGAAGACCAGUUUCCUAACUCAUCUCAGAAUGGGUCAUGCAGACAAAUGCAGUAUCCUCUGACAGACCUAUCCCCCAUCCUAACUAGUGGGGACUCUGAUAUAUCCAGUCCAUUACUGCAAAAUACUGUCCACAUUGACCUCAGUGCUCUAAAUCCAGAGCUGGUCCAGGCAGUUCAGCACGUAGUGAUUGGGCCAAGCAGCCUGAUUGUGCAUUUCAAUGAAGUCAUAGGAAGAGGACAUUUUGGGUGUGUAUAUCAUGGGACUUUGUUGGACAACGAUGAUAAGAAAAUUCACUGUGCUGUGAAAUCCUUGAAUAGAAUCACUGACAUAGGAGAAGUUUCCCAAUUUCUGACCGAGGGAAUCAUCAUGAAAGAUUUUAGUCAUCCCAAUGUUCUCUCGCUCUUGGGAAUCUGCCUUCGAAGUGAGGGGUCUCCACUGGUGGUCCUACCGUACAUGAAACAUGGGGAUCUUCGAAAUUUCAUUAGAAAUGAGACUCACAACCCCACUGUAAAAGAUCUUAUUGGCUUUGGUCUUCAAGUAGCCAAAGGCAUGAAAUAUCUUGCAAGCAAAAAGUUUGUCCACAGAGACUUGGCUGCAAGAAACUGUAUGCUGGAUGAAAAAUUCACUGUCAAAGUUGCUGAUUUUGGCCUUGCCAGAGACGUGUAUGAUAAGGAAUACUAUAGCGUACACAACAAAACAGGUGCAAAACUGCCGGUGAAGUGGAUGGCUUUAGAAAGCCUGCAAACUCAGAAAUUUACCACCAAGUCAGAUGUGUGGUCCUUUGGCGUGCUCCUCUGGGAACUGAUGACAAGAGGAGCACCACCUUAUCCUGAUGUCAACACCUUUGAUAUCACAGUAUAUUUGUUGCAAGGCAGAAGGCUCCUACAACCUGAAUACUGCCCAGAUCCCUUGUAUGAAGUGAUGCUGAAAUGCUGGCACCCUAAAGCUGAACUGCGCCCAUCCUUUUCUGAACUGGUCUCCAGGAUAUCAGUGAUAUUCUCUACUUUCAUUGGGGAGCACUAUGUCCACGUGAACGCUACAUACGUGAAUGUCAAAUGUGUCGCUCCAUAUCCUUCUCUGUUGUCAUCACAAGAUAAUGUUGAUGGCGAGGGGGACACAUGAUGGAUGGAGGCACCUGUACCAGCAGCCCCCUUCUGAGAAGCAUCACUGAACUGUCCAAACAACAGUCCACACUUUGUCCAAUAUUUUUUUCACUGCCUGGCCACUGAAAGGCCACCAGGUAUUAUUUGCUUUUGCCAAAAUUGCACUAUUAUAGGACCUUAUAUUGUUAUUUAAAGUGACUGGAUUCUACGGAAUUUCUCAUCUGACAAAGCAUCGGAGCCAGAAGCUUGGCCCCACAGGCCAGUGACCAACAGCAAUCCUGCAACUGUGAUGACGCUUCUGUCACAUUCAGGCCAAAACCUGAAAGCUGGGUUGAAAUUUUUAAAAAUCAGGAUCCCACCUGAUUUCAUAUGGGGAACUGAAGCAAUGCAUUUUGAGGGCUUCUUGAUCACAGAAAAUUCAAAAGAAGUGGUAAUGUCCAGGACAGACAUGGCAGCCCUGGGACCAGGCCGCUCAUUUAGAAUUAAAGUAUUUCAAAUAACUUUUAUGUGUUGUAUGAACAACACAUUUUUUUUAUUACUGGUGUUGUCAUUUGCCCAUUAGGUAAACAUUCCCUUUUAAAUUUUUGUCUACACAUUCCUUUUAUUGGAGAACUAUCCAUAGACAACACGGUCAACAUUUCAAAACAGCAGGACAUGAAAUGUGUUUAUAAAUUAGUAGGAAUAUUUACAUAUGUACAUAGACAACGUUAAGGUUUUCAUAAAAUAGCUUAGUCACAGUGAAAUAUUUGUCAUUUA